AUGGCAGUCUUGCUGGUCCUGAUUUUGAUGAGCUGUCUCUUCAUGAACUCCGAAUCCAUCAGCAGAGUUGAUUUCCCAGAUGGGUUCAUCUUUGGAACUGCUUCUUCAGCUUACCAGUUUGAAGGAGCUGUGGAUGAAGGAAACAAGGGAGUUAGCAUAUGGGAUACUUUCACAAGGCAACCAGGGAGGAUCCUGGAUUUCAGCAAUGCAGAUAUGGCAGUCGACCAAUAUCACCGGUUUAAGACUGAUAUAGACUUGAUGAAGGAUUUGGGAAUGGAUGCUUACAGAUUCUCAAUAUCAUGGUCAAGAAUUUUUCCUAAAGGUACAGGAGAACCGAAUCUGGAAGGAAUAGAAUACUACAACAGUCUUAUAGAUGCUUUACUUGAAAAAGGAAUUCAACCCUAUGUAACUCUCUAUCAUUGGGAUCUUCCACAGAUGCUUGAAGAUAGAUAUGAAGGAUGGUUAAGCAAACAGAUAGUAAAAGACUUCGAGUAUUAUGCCUCUACCUGCUUCCAAGCUUUUGGAGAUAGAGUCAAGAACUGGAUCACCUUUAAUGAACCCCACGGUUUCGCACUCCAAGGUUAUGACACAGGUCUUCAAGCUCCUGGGAGGUGCUCCAUUCUUGGGCAUUUGUUCUGCAAGACAGGAGAAUCCUCCACUGAACCAUACAUUGUAGCUCACAACAUCCUCUUGUCUCAUGCUGCAGCUUAUCAUAAUUACCAGCUCCAUUUCAAGGAAAGUCAAGGGGGUCUAAUUGGAAUGGCACUGGAUGCCAAAUGGUAUGAACCGAUAUCUGAUAGUGAUGAGGACAAAGAUGCUGCACGUAGGGCAAUGGACUUUGGAAUCAGAUGGUUCCUUGAUCCACUUUUCUUCGGUGAAUAUCCACUGUCAAUGCAGAGGCUUGUGGGAAAGAGACUACCAGAGAUCUCACCAAAAACAGCCAAGUUUCUGUUGGGGUCCUUGGAUUUUGUUGGCAUAAAUCAUUAUACCACAUUAUAUGCCCGGAAUGACAGGACACGAAUUAGGAAAUUCAUAUUGCGGGAUGCUUCAUCUGAUGCAGCGGUUAUUACUACCUCUUUUCGAGGUGGAGAAGCUAUUGGAGAACGAGCAGCUUCUCGCUGGCUACACAUUGUGCCAUGGGGCAUCCGAAAGUUAGCUCGAUAUGUGAAAGAUAAUUAUGGCAAUCCACCGGUUAUUAUAACUGAAAAUGGCAUGGAUGACCCAAAUAGAGGUUCUAUACCUUUAGAGAAGGCUUUGCAGGAUGACAAGAGGAUAAACUUUCACAGGGACUAUCUCACAAACUUAUCUGCUGCUAUAAGGCAAGACAACUGUGAUGUGCGUGGUUAUUUUGUGUGGUCUUUGCUUGACAACUGGGAGUGGAACUUGGGCUAUUCUGUCCGUUUUGGACUCUACUUUGUGGACUACAAGAAUAACCUUACAAGGAUUCCAAAGACCUCCGUUCAGUGGUUUAGACGUAUUCUCAGAUCCAACAGUGGUCUGAGAAACCAGUUUUAGAAUCUAGCUUGAAGAAACUAAAACAAGCUCAUGUUGUACCCCAUAAUGAAAUUUAAAAUAAUUUUUUAGAAGAAAAAAAAAAUUUGGUGAAAAAUAACCAUUAAGAUGUGGGUUCAUGAA